AUGACGCUGCGUAAUCUCGCGCCGCCAGUCCCGGCGCUGCUGAUUCGGCUCCUGAUAUUUGCGUUAACCUGCGCGGUUCGAAAAGCGGCAGCAGCGACUCCUGUGAUUCUCGACGCCGGUCAAAGAUACGCUUUGGAGAAGAUUUUCAGUGCGUCGCCAGCCAUGGUGGUGGAGGAGGACUACAGCUGCAGCCCGGGGGAAUCGUCUCUCAUCGUUUGCAACACGCGGGGCGCUGUGACCCAGCUCUCUCUCUACUCUAUGCCUGAGCUGCCUUCCGAGAUUCUCCGACUCUCACGCCUGGAAUCACUGAGACUGAACAGUGAUGGUGGCUUGACCAGCCUGCCAUCCCUCAUCGGCUCACUUGCUUCCCUCACCCACCUACACAUCGAGUCAGCAGUCAGUAGCGGCGGCAUCCCGACCGCCUUCAGCCGACUCAAGAAGCUGCGUCACUUAAAACUCAUCAGCAACAAUCUGGAGGGUCCGAUUCCCGAGUCGUUCUCUGCACUCACUGCCCUCACACUCCUGUCUCUUUCCGUGAACCAGCUCAACUCCUCCAUCCCCGCAAAGCUCAAAACACUCCAGAGGCUAGCAUCGAUCGAUCUGAGCAACAACAAGCUCUCCGGCUCCAUCGCUCCCCUCGCUUCCUUGCGAGGGCUCAACACAAUCAAUAUUGGCUUCAACUCCUUCAGCUCAUACCUUCCGGUCUCCAUCGGCAAUCUGAAGCGGCUAAGUGGACUGUUCCUUCAAAGCAAUGCACUCAACGGCUCCUUACCCGCAUCCAUCUCGAAGCUCGCUAACCUUGUUCUUCUGAAUUUAAGGGACAACCGCAUCACUGGCACCAUACCUCGUGGCAUUGGCUCCUUGAAGAAGCUCAAAUCCUUGGACCUGUCGUACAACCCCAUUUCAGGGAGUGUACCUUCAACCAUGGGAUCCCUAAAAUCACUCAUGAUGCUCGACAUCAAGUCUGCAAAUCUCAACGGCUCUCUGCCUCCCACGUUUGCAAAGCUCCAAGCGCUCGAGGGCAUCUCCUUGGCCAACAACCAGCUCUCCGGCUCAUUCCCCACCUUCCUGGCAAACCUCUCAUCUCUUGUCAUGAUCGAUCUCUGUGCCAACGGGAUCAACGGUUCUCUGCCCUCCUCGAUCGGAAACUUCUCCAAGCUCUUUAGGCUCGAUCUGACCAACAACAGCAUCAGCGGAAGCAUCCCAGAGUCCAUCGGCCUUCUCACUGACCUGGAUACCCUCUACCUUGCAGGAAACAACCUAACAGGGUCUCUUCCUGCAUCCGUAUCACUGUUAACGAACCUCUAUGCCCUCGACCUACGGCGCAACAACCUUUCAGGACCCCUACCUCCCUCUGCUUUCAACUGGUCCAUGUCAGAACUCUCUUUGUCAGACAACCACUUUGAAGGGGGUCUUCCGGCCUAUCUUGGUGACUUCACUGCAGAAAUAAUGGUGGACAGCACGCUCACAUGCCCCGCUGAUGGCACCAACUGCUCUGCCCAACUCAAGAAGCUGGCUGCACGAACUUAUGCCAACGGCUUCUGCCGCAUCGUCUGCACCUCCUUCUGCCAGACCUGCAUCGCCCCUUCAAAUAGCACAGGGGGGGGGACAGGGGGAGGGCUGGGAGGAGGGGGGUUGGGGGGAGGGGGGUUGGGAGGAGGAUUGGGAGGAGGAUUAGGAGGGGGGUUGGGAGGAGGAUUAGGAGGGGGGGUUGGGAGGGAUGUCUAG